AUGCUACUCAUUUUCGUCAUCAUUUUGGCUUCAGCCGCUAUACAAGGUAUGUUUUUGUUCAUGAUGUAGGGUAUAUUUAACACCUUAAGUUGUCAAACUUUUGAUUCUGAGAUAUUCAAAGCUUAAAUUAGAUCAUAACAGAGUGCUUGGUUCUACAAUCAUUUCGGCUUAAUCGUAAUACGUGGUAGAUUUUCGUUGAUGAUGCAAGGUAUAUGUAACACUCAAACUUAAAUUGUGAGACUGUAGAUUCUGAGACACUGGACGUUUGAAUGCCGUCAUUUCGAAAUUGGCGCAAUGUGCUGCUCAUUUGGUUUUUGGCUGAUCACUUUGGCUUCGGCUAAAAAGGCGGACAUGUUUUUUUUUGAUGAUAUAUUUAUCAGGACAUACUACUAUGGGGUAAAGUUUUGUAGAUCAAGAAGAUGUAGGGUAUUCUAUUAAGCUGACAUAAGUAACUUCAUCGCCUAUGUGGAUCGAGCGAUCAACUUAGAUGCUUUUGCAUAAAAAAAAUAACGAAUUUUGGUCUACAUUAAAGAUUUUUAUCAUAUGAACAACAACAUUUAUUCCCGUUAGAUACCUUGUUCACGGGUCAUAUGGUAUUCAAAUAAUGUUAGGCUAUCGAUUCCAUAAUUUUGACAUGAAACACUUGUAAACAGAAAUUUAAUCUGGCUUUUUCUCGUUAGACGUAGAGUGAGUAUGACCUCUUAUAAGCAUGCCUUUAGAAAUUCCUUAAUGAAAAUUUUGAGACAGAAUCCUUUCUUUGUAAAUUCUCAAAAGGUAUAACCGCAGAAAGAAAGGUGGAUAUACGAUUUUUUGACAGAAGUUACACCGCUAACCAAGAGGAAAUAGAGAGAAAAUUGAGCAGAGCAGCCCUGAUCGAGCGGGGUUACAGUAAAACAACAUCUACCCAAACAGACGAAGGAUUACUUCAUCUCAUCAUCCGCUAUAGGAAAAUCGUCCCCUGCCACAAUAUCACAAAAGUCGAAGAAGAAUUAAGUAGAAGUAUGCCUGGUAUCUGGGGACAAGAUGUUUCAGACCAAGUUCGAAAAGAAGCACUGAUGAAAAAAUGGGAAAAUCAACAAUGUACCGCCGGAAUUGAAAUUCAUGUUCCCAAAAAUGCUUGUCAACAGAAAAAGAAAGUUGUAAAGCGUGGAAUUAAGCUACAUUGUAAAAACCCCGAUUGCUUUUUUUGCUUCCGAGUUUCGUCAAUAAGUCAGUAA